AUUACGACAAAAAGCAAAACGAAGUCUUCAGGCAGACCAAAACCUAAAAAGAUGUCUAAAAGAAAGAAAAAAGGCUGGAAAUCUUUAGAUACUGGAGAUUUAGAAGAUUACUUUGACGAAAGAUGCUUUGAGGAAAGAACUGGUGGUGUCAUUUCUACUAAAAGUGAUAGUGAACUGUUUUUUGUUGAUAAAGAAAAAUACAACACAACUGACGGUGAAAAACCUAAUAGAAGAAAUAAAAAAUUGAGAUGUUACAGUAACUUGGAACCAGACCCUAGAAUUAAACCAGUUUCAUUAGGAAAAUGCACACAUAAAAAAGGCUUGAAAAGACUACAUCCUGAAAUGAAAGAUAGGAUAAGUGGGAAAUUAGAUGAAGAAUUUCAAUCUCAGAUAGAUAAAUAUCAUAAAAGUAGUCAAAAUCGUAAAAGUUCAAGAAUUAGAAGUCAGACAGUACCAGAACAGAAUUAUGAUAUAUGGGCAGAUAUUAAGCCAGUAGUACCUAAAGCAGGAGAAGAUCUUAUAUCGGAUGUUAAAACAACAAAACCAGUGAAGAUUCCUAAACACAAGAAAGAGAAACCAUCAGCACAUAAAGCUAUAGACACACCUCAUCCUGGCAUGUCAUAUAAUCCUGCCUUUGAUGAUCAUAAGAAAUUGUUAAAUAAAGCAUUAAAAGUUGAAUUAAAGAAAAAGAAAAAAGAGGAAGAAAUAAAUAAAACAACAGUUCAUUUAAAUAUUGAAGUAAAGGAAAAUAAAAAGAAGGUCACAAAGGUGCAAAAAAACAAGGAAGAAGAAAUAGAAGAUGAAGAAUUUUCUGAUGAAGAAUUGGAAUCUACUGGAAUUAAUCCUGCUGUUAGAAGAGAGGACAGAAAGACACAUAAACAGAAAGAACAUGAUCGAAAAGUCAAAUUAAGGGACAGACAGAAAAAUGCUUUGAAAUCAAUUAGGAUAAGAGAGAGUGAAGUUUACAGAAUAAAAACAUUUAAUAAAGAAUUUAAAGCUCAGGAAACACUAACUCAGAUAAGACAGAAGAAAAAGGAGAAAUUAAAAGUGACAAAACAAUUUAGAACUAAAAGGCUUGGACAUGCUAAAUAUGAAGCUGGUGAUAUUGAUGUACAGUUAGGUAAAGAAAUAAGUGGUUCUUUGAGAAAAUUAAAGCCUGAAGGUAAUAUAUUAUCUGACAGGUAUAAAAGUUUUCAGAAGAGGAAUAUUAUUCCAGCUCCUUCUAGAAUUCAAAAACGAAAGUUAGGUCAUGUCAAAUUUUAUGAAAAGAGAGGUCAUAAAGAGAUAUCAGAGCAAGCAGGUUUUAAAUAAAAAUUGAUUCAUAAAACUGUUUUGCUUUAUUUAGCCACUUUGUCAAGAAGUAGUAAUUUGUGAUUCUGCAUAAAACUUUUUUCAAAUACCGCUUGUCUGCUAUUGAAUUAUUAGGGUAUUUGUGACAGCAGAUAUGAAACGCCCAAAAACCAUUCCAACCACCAAUUGCAUGCCCGAAAUAUAGGACAGAUCCAUUUGUUUAUACAUUGAGUAGGUCAUAAGUUUACAUUUUGUUGACUUCUUGUGCUUGUCUUUAUAAUACCACUAUGUAUGCAAAAGAGCAAUUGUUGUCAGAUAGAUUGUGUCUAAAUGUGUAGUUCUAACCGCAAACUCCAACGAAGGAUAUAAUAAGUAUCCUCAUCAAUGAAAUAUUUAUCAGAAUAAUUUGUUAAAAAUGUGUAGAAAUGAUCAGAGAAGGAAAAACUUUAUAUACCGGCAAUGAAAAGUUUAUUAUUCACAUUUUAAUAUACAAUUAGUUGAACAUUAUUUUGAUGUAUUAUAAUUAUGAUGAAAAUAUAUAUGACGUGAGAUGAAAUAAUAAAUAAGUUGCAAUG